AUGACGCUGGUGGACAGUGAGACUGCAGAGGGCGGGCUGGGCAGGGCCCUGUCCCCCUACCCUCUCGGGUCCCCUAUUAACUGCCCUUUGUCCUUCCAGAUCCUGGGUGCGGUCAUCCUGGGCUUCGGCGUGUGGAUCCUGGCCGACAGGAGCAGCUUCGUCUCAGUCCUGCAAACCUCCUCCGGCUUCCUGCAGACGGGCGCCUUCGUCUUCGUGGGCGUGGGCGUGGUCACCAUGCUCAUGGGCUUCCUGGGCUGCCUGGGGGCCGUCAACGAGGUCCGCUGCCUGCUGGGGCUGUACUUUGCCUUCCUCCUCCUGAUCCUCAUCGCCCAGGUGGCCGCCGGGACCCUCUUCUACUUCAACGUGGGCCAGCUGAAGCAGGAGAUGGGCGACGUGGUGGGGAAGCUCAUCCGGACCUACAACGCCAGCGGCCAGGACAGCCUGCAGGAGGCCUGGGACUACGUGCAGGCGCAGGUGAAGUGCUGCGGCUGGGUGGACUUCCGCAACUGGACGGACAACGCGGAUCUCAUGAAUCGCACCGAGCUCACCUUCCCCUGCUCCUGCCAGGCCGCCCUGGACGAGGAUGACCCCUUGUCCCAGAAGAAGGGCUUCUGCCAGGCGCCGGCCAACGGCACGGCAAACAGCACCACCAGCAGCCCCGGGGGCCGCAACGACCCUGAGCUCUGGCCUGUGCACAAGGAGGUGUGUGCGGCCACCAUGCCUGUGGUGGGCGCGCGCCUGGCCACCCGGCUGCGCCCAGUCCUUGGGUGUCACUGAUUGGUGCCAUCGACU